AUGUAAUAAAUAUAGUAAAAACGUCAAAUAUUACGUUUAUCUGUAAUUGUAUGCCGGUAAAUCCGAGCCGUUUUCUAUUAUUGAACUGAAGCCUUUUGAUUGGUGAAUGCUACGUGACGUCGUAGGUAGGCGUGAGCGUUGGGAACGUCAACAAAAGAGAGGACAAGAGAAAGGAGAAAGAAGACGAGAAGGUCUGACAACAGAUAUGUGGCUUUAACCUGCAAUAACGGUGAAGAUACUGUGGUUAAAAAACAAACAAGGGAUCACUUCCUCCGGUGCCAGCCCCAAACAUGGACGCCUACAAGCUCAUGAAGGAGCUGCGGGUGAAUUAUGAGCAGGAGGCUCAUUAUCGCCCCAAAGAGACGGGCCUGAGACUUAUCGAAUCCACAACAGAGGGCGACAGUCGGAUCUCGGCCAAAGGCAGAAAUGCCAAAGUAGAGGACCUAUGGAGUCUGACCAGCUUCUUCGGUUACAGCACGCAGACCUUUGUCCUGGCCGUUAACCUGCUGGACAGAUUCCUGGCCAUGAUUAAGGUCCAACCAAAGCACCUGUCCUGCGUCAGCGUCAGCUGCCUCCACAUGGCGGCCAAAGUGACGGAGGAGGAGUGCGACCUGUCGCCCGCCGACGAGCUUAUCCGCAUUGGACAGUGCCGCUUCACCACCUCUGACCUCUGCCGCAUGGAAAAGAUUGUCGGCGAGAAGCUCGGCUUCAAGUCCAACGCCGUCACCGCCUUAACCUUUCUGCACUUGUACCACCAGAUAGCACUUUCGCACUCCACAGACAGGAAAGAGAGUCUUAGCCUGGAGAAGCUGGAAGCUCAACUCAAAGCCUGUCUUUGCCGGAUCUCAUUCUCUAAAGCAAAGCCGUCCGUCCUUGCCUUGUCUCUCCUGAGGCAGGAGAUGGAGGCCGUCCAGUCGGAGGACAUGCUGGAGAUAGCCUAUCACAUCCAGAGACACCUAAAGAUUACCGACGGCGAGCUGCUGCUGUGGAGUGAGCGUGUGGCUCCGUGUCUGUCGGACUAUGCCUCCCCUGAAUGCAGCAAACCCAAUCACAGGAAGCUCCAGUGGAUCGUGUCGCGGCGGACUGCCCAGAACCUGCAUAGCUACCGCACCGUCCCUGAGCUGCCCACCAUCCCAGAGGGCUGCUGGGAUGAGAGCGAGAGCGAGGACUUGUGUGAGGACGUGAUGAGUUCAGGCGAGGAGUCUCUCAGCAGUUCUCUUGGCAGCGACGCCGAAGGCCCCUUCUUCCCUCUUCACCUCCGCCGCCAAAAACACCUUCAUGCCUAACGCCUCCCUACCCCCUUUUCCCUCCCCUCUAACUUCUUUACCCAAAGUCUUUAAUUUAUUGUUUAAUAAGCUCUGGUGCUGAGUGGGGAGAGAACCGCACAACAACUGGCAGCCGAGCAGUCCAAUCUCUUCCUGGUAGAUCUUUAGUUUGUAGAUGUGUCGGUGCAUGUUGAGAUGUCACAUUCCAGGAGGCAAGAUUUUAAGGAUUGCGCGGUCGCCAUCAGAUGGUCACAGUUCACGUUGUCAACAAGAUAAUUUGCCAAAACGUAUUUAUUCCAUAGAAGAAAUGCUUUUGAUAAGAGUAAGAAGAAGUCUUAUUGGUGGACAGAUUUCCAUUUGCACAGUUUUCUUAAAUCAAACCUCAUGUGAAGUGUUGAGUUUGUGUGUCAGGGGGGGGUCAAAGUGUUUAGAGCUGGCGUUCAGUCAGGGUUACGUGCCUUGCUCAAUGGGAGCGCAGGGGGAGAGAUGGUUCACAUUCGAGCCUCGCAGACGCCGUGCCGCCCCCCCCCACCCAGGCUGUUAGGAGUGUGUGUUUGUGUGUAUGACCCUGGUUUUAAUUAAGUAGAUCAUGUAGCUUAAACAUUUGGUGUUUGGAACAGAGGAAUGCUGAUGGCUGUAAAAAAAAAAAAAAAAAAAA